AUGCUUCGUGCGGCGCUCGCACUCGCCGCGGCCCCUGCUCUUGCGUUGGCUCUCAGCCUUCCGCUCGUCCGCCUCCCGCGCAACAAUGAAGGAAACUCGCAGAGGUUUGCACUGGAUGAUGUCGCCCUGCUGACAGCCAGCUUAACCGCCCUGAAGACAGGUUUCGGCGUCAACAUCAAGUUGGGCCACCAGGACGUGUCAGUGUACCUGACAAUGGGAGAUGCCAACGGUCUCACCGUCUUCGGCUCGUUCAAGGACGACAAGUCCUUCUUCCGUCCUAUGGACUCGCCAACGUUUGACCGUCAAGGGAGCAUCGGCUGCCCGUUCGACCUCGCCUACGAGAAGUUUGAGUUCGGAGGCCUGUGCCUCGACAACACGUCCUUUGCCGAGUUUGGAGCGGCGACUGGCCAGACAGGCUCCCUCUCCCUUGGUCUGGGCGGCAACGCAAACGCCGACGUGGGCUCGCUCUUCCCACGUCUGAUGCAGCAGCUUGACGUGCCAAUGGUAGGGUUCAGCCUCACACCCAUUUGCCCCGACGCCCGACUUCUUUCUCGAGCUCCUGGAUCCGGUUCAGGCGGUUCGAUCGACACUGCAAACCAGGUCGCCCAAGCUGACGCGCAAUUCCCCUCAACUGGAGACGGCCAGGGAGUCAGGGGGAAAGUCAAGAUUGAAGGCAUUGACGUGGACGGAAUCCAAAGGCUAAGUCGCGACAACGACCAGGGCCAGACCUACUUCAUGCGGCCCGAGUUGGCCAGCAACGUUCUUCAGCUCAACCCAAAUGUCGCCGAGGCCGUCUUCAAAAACUUCCCCGGAGCGGUUCCCACCGAGUGGCACGCUGCUCGCGAAAAUGACAAGAUUGCGUCCGUCGAGUCGGCUACAGGCGUCGCUCAGCUCACCUACGGCUGCAGCUACUCUGUCCCGUGCAACACAAACGGCACCAUCAUCAUCCAGUUUGACGAUGUCAUGUAUGACCUCCCCCCGUCGCAGUGGGUCAUCCCAAACCACAAUUCGCGGCGCAACAAUGACCAGCUGUGCAAGACUCGUGUGUUCGUUCCCAAACCUCAGGACGUUCGACUUGGCUCCCCCGACGUCAUCCUCGGCGCCCCAUUCCUCGAGACGGUCUACACUGUGUUGGAGUACGGCAGCAAGCCCCGGGUCGGCUUCCGCAAGCUCUGCAAGUAG